AUGACAGCUGCGCUGAUGCCCAUUGCUACUCCGGCACUUCUCACAUCGCUAAGAAACCAAGCGCACGUUCCGCAGCACGCGUGGUACUUUAUUGCUGCUACGACCUUAACCAUAUUGAACCGACCAGAUGAGAUACCACAGGUCUACAACCAUGUCAUGAAACACGGUCUUGGGCCUGAUGACGUGAAGCCAGGCCCGGAGGAACAGCUCACAAUAUUGAGGAAGCUACGUGAAGCACUCGUCAAAGCCUCUGCAGUUGGAGGCUUGCCCAAGACCAUCAACUCACUUAUGGAGUUAAAGAAAGUGACGCCAGAGCACCUACUAGAUGAGCCGCAAGGCCCAAAUGAUGCGCUCUCUUCAUCGCCAACUGCACGGCAUGUGGACAUACACCACACCCCCUCUUCCAAGAUCUUGCAGCGCGGCCAGGGCUUCUGGGACAACAUCUACGGCAAGAUAUCGAGGCGUGUCAUGAGUCAGAUGGAUCGGUCGGGCACAGAAGACCUCGGGUUGACCGCCCGGCUGAUGUAUGGGUAUAUCCUGAGCAAUACCAACGUUCUAUCCCCAGUGGAGACGUCGUACGUUCUCAUUGCUGGGCUGAUACCGCAGGAUGUGAAUCCUCAGCUCAAGGGUCAUCUCAGAGGCGCUCUCAACGGCGGCGCGUCUGCGGAGGAGGUGAGGGCUGUGAGAGGCAUGGUCAUGGACAUAUGCAGGGCUUCAGGCAUGAGCCAACUCGGCGAGGACGUACCUGGCGGAUGGGGCUGGCGUAGCGAGGUUGCAACUGUAUGA